CUGAACCUUGCCUGGCUGCGGAACCAGAUCGGCGUGGUGUCACAAGAACCCGUAUUGUUCGAUUGCUCUAUCGCGGAAAACAUAGAGUUCGGUUGCGAGGACGCGACCAUGCACAACAUCAUCAGAGCUGCUGAGGCUGCCAAUGCGCACAAAUUCAUCAUCAACCUGCCUAAAAUAUCAUGA